GAGAGGCGGAAGGAGGUGGGGCCUGGGAAGACUGGGUUGCAACGGUCGCGAGACUCCCCUCGCCGUAGCGCGAAGAAACGAGACUGAAGAAGAGAGCAAGGUGGGAGGGGCGCGCUGGGGAGCUUCGGCGCAUGCGCGCUGAGGCCUGCCUGACCGACCUUCAGCGGGGCUGUGGCUACCAUGUUCUCUCGCGCGGGUGUCGCUGGGCUGUCGGCCUGGACCUUGCAGCCGCAAUGGAUUCAAGUUCGAAAUAUGGCAACUUUGAAAGAUAUUACCAGGAGACUAAAGUCCAUCAAAAACAUCCAGAAAAUUACCAAGUCUAUGAAAAUGGUAGCAGCAGCAAAAUAUGCCCGAGCUGAGAGAGAGCUGAAACCAGCUCGAAUAUAUGGAUUGGGAUCUUUAGCUCUGUAUGAAAAAGCUGAUAUCAAGGGGCCUGAAGACAAGAAGAAACACCUCCUUAUUGGUGUGUCCUCAGAUCGAGGACUGUGUGGUGCUAUUCAUUCCUCCAUUGCUAAACAGAUGAAAAGCGAGGUUGCUACACUAACAGCAGCUGGGAAAGAAGUUAUGCUUGUUGGAAUUGGUGACAAAAUCAGAGGCAUACUUUAUAGGACUCAUUCUGACCAGUUUCUGGUGGCAUUCAAAGAAGUGGGAAGAAAGCCCCCCACUUUUGGAGAUGCGUCAGUCAUUGCCCUUGAAUUACUAAAUUCUGGAUAUGAAUUUGAUGAAGGCUCCAUCAUCUUUAAUAAAUUCAGGUCUGUCAUCUCCUAUAAGACAGAAGAAAAGCCCAUCUUUUCCCUUAAUACCGUUGCAAGUGCUGACAGCAUGAGUAUCUAUGACGAUAUUGAUGCUGACGUGCUGCAAAAUUACCAAGAAUACAAUCUGGCCAACAUCAUCUACUACUCUCUGAAGGAGUCCACCACUAGUGAGCAGAGUGCCAGGAUGACAGCCAUGGACAAUGCCAGCAAGAAUGCUUCUGAGAUGAUUGACAAAUUGACAUUGACAUUCAACCGUACCCGCCAAGCUGUCAUCACAAAAGAGUUGAUUGAAAUUAUCUCUGGUGCUGCAGCUCUGGAUUAAUGAAAAUCAAGUUCCAUCCUCAGACAAGAGGUAAAGAAGGAAAAUUCAGCCAGUUGAUUUUGUUUUUAGCUUACUGCUGCCUUUGUCCGAAGAAACUGUUCCUCCAUUAUUUGAAUUACUGAAGACAGCAAGAUAUUUGUAAAUUAUCUUAAAAUAAACAACUUAAAAUAAAA